ACAUAAUCAUCGCAGUUCGUCCAAACGAAUUGAGAGAGAGGAUCAUUUUUUCGGUGACGCAACAAAAAUCCAAUGGCCUGCAGAAGCUCACUCAUCGUAGCACAAUCUCUCCCUCCGCACUCCGCUCCGGGAAAGGCGCACGCCAGACAGCAUGCGCCGGCGGUGGUGCUUCCGACGCGUAGGCAGUGCUUGCUACUCCUCACCGCCACGACGGCUUUGACGGUUUCGGAGAUGCCUUCGAGAGCGCAGGACAUACCUCUGUUCGGGCUGAGGCGCAACCUUCGGAAGGCGGAGGAGCAGGCGGAGGAGAUCGUGAAGGAAGGCUUCGACGCGGCGGAUAAAGGAAUCGUGGCGGCGGAGAAGGGGAUUGAGGCUGCAGAGAAGGGGGUAGUGGCGGCGGAGGAGGAGAUCGAGACGGCUGUCAGAUUCAGCGGCCUGGCGCAGGCCGGAGCAGUCGUCGCAGCUGAAGCCGUCGGAGUAUUGAUCGCCACUUCCGUUGUGAAUGGAAUUUUAGGGCCGGAAGCUCAGAAAUCAUGAGUAAAAUCACCAUAUUCAUCUCUAUUUUCCAUUUUCCCCAAUUUCUCUGUUUGGUGAAUUUUGUAUUAUGCAUUCUAAAUCACAUUAAUUUAAACUAAAUUCAGUUGUGUGAUAAAAAUAUCUGCUCUAUAACAAUUAAUGAAUUGAUUUCAUUUAACAAAGAUUA